AUGUCGACAUUCGCGACAUAUUUCGCGAUCUUCGCGACUCUAAACGGCAUAAUCUUACUCGGCUCAGUUUCACCUGCGAGUGCCUAUCGUAGUUUUUCAUUCAAAGGCGACAUCGCCGACAAUAGAAAUCCGGUGCUCAGUGAGAGUGGUUUUCAAAAUACGACCUUAUUUUACGGCGACUGUAGCAGACCCUACACAGACGUAGUGAAGCAGGAAGAAUGUAUUCUACAUCGAGUACAAGCGGAUUUCUCGGGAGAAAGUCCAAAAGACGAUGAGUGCAAGAUCACGCUGCAAUCCGAGUCUGGCGGCAAUAUUUACAUGAAUGAUAUUGAUAUCUAUGCUCUGGACAAGGAUCGAGCGAUUAUGCGUUGGUUCGAAGAUGCCCAAGCCUUGUAUGGUCUUCACUUUCGAUUUAGUAUCGUCGAUUUUUCCAAUUGUAAAGUGACAACGACCAAAAUUAUGUGGCGUAUCGAUGUGACAUUACUUACUGACUUUCCUAGCAAAUCACCAGGUGGCUUUUUUAACGAUUUUUUAAAAAAGCCGAGAUAUCUCAAAGAAGAUGAUAAUUUCCAAGUUUUGUCAUUUAUCGAUAAAAAGGUUGUUAAUAGAUCAUCGAUAAAUACUGAAGGUGUCAUUUCAGAAAGCGAAACGUGGCUUACAUACCCUGCUUACUUUGGCCACCCAACGGUUAUCUUUCCAUUGUCGAAGGACAAUGGCUAUUUGCUUAUCGAAACAUCAAUUAAUAAACCGUCGAUGACAGUAGCUCACAUUCAGCCCAACGGUCAAAGAAAAAAUUUAACUUAUGUCGAAGAUGUGCAUCAACCUAUGAUCUCUUUGGCAAAUGGAUUGAUCGGCAUAUGCUUCGUAGAGAAGAAAACAACCAUGAUAUGCACACAAUUCAAGCUCGGUGACAAGGAGAUUAACUGGUUUUCGGCUAGUAAUGCAGUGAAGGAGUUGGGUUUUGAAAGAGCCAUCUACAAUUUGCCGAGGGGAGAAGGAUUUCUAACUCACGUUUCUGAGAAUACAGGCGAGAUCUUUUCCAGGUAUUUGGUUAAAAUCGGCCUGGAUGGAAAAGUCGAGCAGUUGGUGGAUACUGAUCUGAAGUGCCUGUUCGAGCACCAGGAUCCUGCUUUCUAUAAAAUUUUCGAAGACGAUCAGGGCAAUUAUUGCGUGAGCGCCGCUUGCAUGAGGUAUUAUCGCAAGAUAGUACCAUUCCCAUUCGUCGAAGGCAAACAUGUAAAAUUCCAAUCAAAGUGCUUUGAACCGGAAGAUUUUCAAAAUAUUUCAAAACAUGAGAUCAAAGCCUGACGAUC